GGCACAGUAGGGGGAUCGGGCAGAAGCGGUGGCUUGGAAGCGCACGCCUCGUGCCUAAACAGCUGGGAGCGCCAACUUUUGUCGUCCUGAGCGUGCGCAGCAGGACCUCCAUCUUGCCACCUGGCGGGCUGCCACCGCUGGGCUGCCCCUCCAUCCUGAGCACAUGGAGGUAUCAAACCUAUAAGCGCUGGGAUGUCGGGCUUUGAACCGCUCAUACCUCUCGCCGCAUGCGCCGGUGCGAAAGCUGCGAACAAGGCCGUAAAAGAAGUGACCGGUAAGUCGAUCGUGUCGCACUGCAAAUCCGCAGCGAAGGGGCUCCGCAACAUCGUGCUGCAAAAGGCGGUCGAAAAGGCAAGCAAAAAAGCGGAGGAGGUUCUCUUCAACCAAGAAGCGCGGGCCGAGUUCAAGCGACGCCUCGACUCUCUCGAAUAUCUGCUGGAUGACGUGGCGAGUAAUUCGGCGAUGGUCGCGGAUCCGUCCGUGGUUGCGGAGCUUGAAGCUUUAUGCUCGGUCCUUAAGAGCGCCGCGAGCGCCAGGCUCGACGCCGACGGGCGGAGCGACGCGCUGACCGCGAUUGAUCGGCACAUGAAUAGCCUACACCUGGCUCUCGCCGCCAACACGAACAAAAAAAUACAGAACGUUGAGGAAAAGCUCGACGGCGUGGUUGACGGCGUUGUUGAAAAGGUUGGGCAAAGGCUUGACGGCGCACUGGACACAAUUGGAGCAAACGUUGACCAUAAGCUUGAAGGCGCGGUGAAAAAAAUUGGAGCGAACGUUGAGCAGAAGGUUGACGGCGCGGUGGACAGAAUCGAGCAAAAAGUUGGAGACGUUGAAGCAAAGAUCGGUAGCGAUGUAGACAUGAUUAGUAGACGUCAAGAGAAACAAGAGCAAAAGCUCGACGAAACAAGAGGGCUCCUCACUCAGGGCCUCAGCGUAAUGCUGAGCUUUAUUUGCCGCGUUGACAAAGGCUUCGAAUUUAUAGCAGCGCUGGAAAAGGAGUUGCCGCCAGGCUGUGAGAUCGCGAACAUGUUCGCUGAGGCGAGGGGCACUCGCCAGGUCCACCGAGCGCGCGUCGCCGUGGACGACAAGGCGUCGCUCGACGCUCUGCGCGACCGCGUCGUCCUCAAGACGGAAGAUGACUCGUUGGAGAACGCCAUCAACAAAGCCCUGCAGACGACCGGCGGGGAGCGGAUCAGCGUCAAUCGCGGGGCGUUCCUCGAAAGCUACGAGCAGACCGUGAUGAGGUUCACCAAGCUCACGGAGCACCAGCGCGAGAAGCUCGAGACCGUCCGACGCGAGCCCGUUGCCGUGCUGCUCGCCCACGCGGGCGCGGGCAAGACGUUCUUUGCAAUCCAGCGCAUGGCACAGGUCCUCAGCUCUGAUCCCAGGGCGAUGCUUCUGUUCGUCGCGCGGAAUACCGCAUUGGCGUUCUUCGUCUGCAAGUGGCUCGUCUACGCAUCGCAAGAGUCGGUCGAUCGGAUCGUCGACCGCGUUCACGUGCUGGUGGCGCCGUUCGAAAACGGGCCGCGGCGCGUGCGCGUCGAAGCGGCGGGUGCGCGGCGGCGACUCUCGCUUGGCGCCGCGCAAAAAUGCGAGUAUGCGCUCGUCGUGGUGGACGAGGCGCAUCAUCUCACGGAAGACUUGCAGCUGCGCGAGCAGCUCGCUGGAGUGAACGCAGCGGAGGCGACCCUCGUGUUCCUCAGCGACGCUUCGCAGGCGACGGAGGCAACGCCUGACGCGGAGAAGCUUGCGCGCUCGCUAGUAAACUUGCCUCGGGAUCAGGCUGUUGCGGUCGCGACGCUCUCCGAGGUGGUACGGUCGACGAAGCGCAUCGUCGCUGGCGCCGCCGCGUUCCAGCUCGAUGCCGGCCGAAAAGCCGAGAUGUCGACGUACACGGCAUCGCCGGGGCCGCCGCUCGUGGCACGGAUCUUUCCAGUAGAGGAUGAUACGGAUGAUAUCUAUGCGCGUGAGGUCGUCGAAGCAAUUGCGGCCAUACGGCGCCAGCUCGCGGACCUUGACGAUCUGGAUGACCGUGUCGCCGUCGUGGGACCCGACGACGCGUUUGUCGAGCGGCUCCGCGGACCGCUAGACCGCGCUCUCGACUCCUUCGCCCCGAUGAGCGCCACCCUCGCGUCGACUUCCGACCAGCCUCCAGCCGCUUGCGGCACCUAUGUCCUCGACCGCGAAACGGGUGGGAUCGGUGGCGCCGCGUAUUAUUGCGCCGCGAACGGGCUCUACCUCUACGAGCGUUCAUCGGGUUCAUGGUGCGUCGGCAAGGCGCAUGGCGACAAGUCCUGCAAAGCCUAUGCGUCGCACAAGGGCUGGAGCUUCUACCUAAAUAAAAAUUGGACGCUGCGCAGUGACAUCACGCUGACCUUCGCGCGCUUCGAGCUCGUCGACGCGGCGAUGGCGAGCGCGGUCUGGCCGCGCGUCGAAACCGAAGCGCGCGACAGCUCGAAGCAGUGGCUCGUCGUCGAUACGGUCGACAACAUGGACGGUUUGGAACGGCUCGUCGUUAUUUGUGUGGGGCUGGACCAAGUCAUCGAUCGCGGCGCGGGCGUGCUCGAGACGCGGUCGCGUUUGUAUCGCGCGAUGACUCGCGCGCAGCUCGCGGUUGCUGUUGUGAAUGAAGCGGUACCGGGCGGCUGGCUCGAGUUCCUAGGGCACGUAGAGCUCGACGCUGAUGAAGAAUUUGAUGAGGCCGCGGAGCGCGAGAAUCGGGCGGAGGCGGCUGCCGAUGACGUCGUGGUUGCAGCGACCACUGCGGCCAAAUUGAAUGCACCGGAGGCGACGAAAAAGAGCGACGAGGGGCAUAGCGCGUAUCUAUCCGAGACUGUAAAGCAGUGGUCGCCCUCGAAUUGGACGUGCUCCGUCUGCAAGCGACCUAACGGCGCGCAGACUCAAGAGUGUGGCGUCUGCGGCACGCACAAGGACUACCAGAUGCGACGGCGCCGCCGAGCCGAGCCAAUCAAGGUCACGCAGUCGAUCUGGGACGCGAGCGCGGUCGCGACGGCGUCGCGCGGCAAACUGCGGUUCAUGCCGUUCUUCGAAGGCGUGGACCUGUCCAAGCUCGCCGUGCUACGGACGCUGGAAGGGCACUCGAAAUCCGUGCGGCGCGCGGUGUCCACUGUACUUUUGUGAUGAUCUGGCUUCGUCGUAGGUCACGAGCGUUGCCGUGUUUCCGGACGGGCGGCGCGUCGUGUCUGGCUCGUGGGACAACACGCUCAAGGUGUGGGGCAUCGAGACGGGCAAAUGCGUGGCGACGCUGGAAGGGCACUCGAAUUGGGUGCGUUGCGGCGUCCGCUGUACGUUUGUAAUGAUCUGGCUUCGUCGUAGGUCACGAGCGUUGCGGUGUUUCCGGACGGGCGGCGCGUCGUAUCUAGGUCGGGUGACAAGACGCUCAAGGUCUGGGACGUGGCGACCGGCGAAUGCGUGGCGACGCUGGAAGGACACUCGAAUUGGGUGCGUUGCGCGGCGUCCACUGUACUUUUGUGCUGAUGUGUCUUCAUCGUAGGUCGAGAGCGUUGCCGUGUUUCCGGACGGGCGGCGCGUCGUGUCUGCGUCGUUGGACAGGACGCUCAAGGUGUGGGACGUGGCGACCGGCGUGUGCCUGGCGACGCUGAAAGGGCACUCGAAGGGCGUGCGUUGCGGCGUCCACUGUGCUUUUGUGAUGAUCUGGCUUCGUCGUAGGUCUAUGGCGUUGCCGUGUUUCCGGACGGGCGGAGCGUCGUGUCUUGUGAUGGGGAAUGGGAGAAACCAGGAGUGGUCAAGGUGUGGGACGUGGCGACCGGCGAGUGCGUGGCGACGCUGAAAGGGCACUCGGACGGCGUGCGUUGCGGCGUCCACUGUACUUUUGUGAUGAUCUGGCUUCGUCGUAGGUCAAUUGCGUCGCGGUGUUUCCGGACGGGCGGCGCGUCGUGUCCGCGUCGCAGGACAACACGCUCAAGGUGUGGGACGUGGCGACCGGCAAAUGCGUGGCGACGCUGAAAGGGCACUCGCGUACCGUGCGUCGCGCGGCGUCCACUGCACUUUUAUGAUGAUCUGGCUUCGUCGUAGGUCGAGUGCGUUGCCGUGUUUCCGGACGGGCGGCGCGUCGUGUCUGGCUCGUGGGACAACACGCUCAAGGUGUGGGACGUGGCGACCGGCGAAUGCGUGGCGACGCUGAACGGGCACUCGCGUACCGUGCGUCGCGCGGCGUCCGCUUUUUUUGGUACUUUUGUGAUGAUCUGGCUUCGUCGUAGGUCCAGGGCGUUGCUAUCUCUCCGGACGGGCGGUGCGUCGUGUCUGCGUCGCGCGACCAGACGCUCAAGGUGUGGGAGGUGCCGAAAUCCUGAGCUACCUAGGACUAACUACAUACCUACU